UUGAAAAAAGAACGAAUCACCUUAGGAAGUUCACUCUCGUUCACUGAAAGGAUUCGUUAUUUUUGAACGAAUCGUUCACUCACGAGCCAACACUAAGUGUCGACCUUCGCUUCUUAUCGCUGUCGAGUGACGCAAAGCAGCAUGGCGAGCAAGGAGCCCAAUCGGUUGGUCCAGAAUCUCCGAGACCUGAUGGGUCGCAUGGCAGGCUCGUCCGGCGGUAGGGGCGCCGGACUUGGAAUCAAACUGCUGCUUGGCGCUGGCGCCUUGGCGUACGGCGUCAAAGAAGCCACGUACACUGUGGAGGGCGGUCACCGAGCGGUGGUGUUCAACAGGAUCGGCGGCAUGCAGAUGGACACUGUGCUGGCCGAGGGCCUUCAUUUCAGGAUCCCGUGGUUCCAGUACCCCAUCAUCUAUGACAUCAGAGCCCGACCCAGGAAGAUCUCCUCACUGACUGGUAGCAAAGACCUGCAGAUGGUGAACAUAGCAGUUAGGGUGCUGUCGCGUCCGAUGGCAUCCAAUCUACCUGCCAUGUACCAGCGUCUGGGCAAGGACUACGAUGAGCGGGUGCUGCCCUCCAUCGUCAACGAGGUCCUCAAGUCGGUGGUGGCCAAGUUCAACGCGUCCCAGCUCAUCACGCAAAGAGCGCAGGUGUCGCUGUUGGUGCGCAGGGAGCUCUUUGAACGCGCCAAAGACUUCAACAUCAUCCUAGACGACGUGGCCAUCACCGAGCUGAGCUUCAGCAGCCAGUACACCGCCGCCGUCGAGGCCAAGCAAGUCGCUCAGCAAGAGGCGCAGAGGGCUCAGUUCUACGUGGAGAAAGCCAAACAAGACCAGCGGCAGAAGAUCAUCCAGGCCGAAGGAGAAGCCGAGGCGGCCAAGAUGCUUGGCCAAGCCAUCACCAAGAAUCCCGGCUACCUGAAGCUGAGGCGCAUCCGAGCCGCUCAGACCAUCGCCAAGACGGUGUCGACGUCUCAGAACAAAGUGUACCUGAAUGCUGAAAGUUUGGUCCUCAACUUGCAGAACCAGGCCUUGUUUGACAAUUUAUCGUUGGGCCUGAAGAAGUGAUGAAGAGGCCGUCGUGUUCAUCGCGACCGACCGAUGGGCACUCGCGGACGCUGCGGACAGCUGGUGGACACCAAACAAAAGUCGGGAACAAGUUGAUUUUGUUUUUCUUUAGUUUUGUUUUUCUCAUUGUGACAAGAUGCCGGUGACGUCGUUGAUAGCGCCACGCAAUCGCUCCUGCGUGCGUUUGUAAAUGGAAAUUUGACCUCCUUGGAGAUUAGCAUGCAACAUCUCUGUUAGGACGUCAGUUUAAGCGUAUCAGCUGCCCGUUUUCUGUUGCAACGUGCAUGUGAUGAGGUCCUCCCGCCGCGUGCGUGACUCAAGCAAUUAGCACUCCUGAUUUUCACGGUGGCAGUUAUUGAUUGUGUGAUUGUCAUGAAUGUGUUGCUUCCCAACAUCUAACUUUAACGUCGCUGCAAUAGGACGACUCAGAAAACCAUCUCGUCUCAGUUCACUCUGUCAUCUAAUGGAAGAGCAUUUCAUGUCAUCGUUUUGAAAAAUACAAAGCUUUCAUGCACAGGUUUCAAUAAAUCGAAGACACAAGAAAGGAAAGCAUUGAAUGAUUAAAUCUAAGUUUGCUCAUAUUGACAAAUGAAAAGGUCAGAAGACUUCCCAACGUGUCUGACGUCUUCAAGGAUUCGGAACGUUUACAAAAAAUAUUUUUCCCCCCCCAUGCAAUAAAAUUAUAAUGGGCGUCAAUUGCACGCAGACUGUAUAUAAAUCUAACUCGUUUGCUGACUCGGGUUGUGUGCCAGCUAGGCCAACCCAAAUCCAGUUGUUCAAGCACAACGAGUAGUAGGAAGCGCCUCGACAGGCCUCGCUGGAAUUUGGCUCAACAUGUCCGAACACGCACAAAACUCGUUCACCUUGUCUGCUCCUCCUUCCGCUUCCGAUUCUUCCGCUUUCUAUUAGACUUUCAUCAGACAACUUGACAUAGCACUGACCAUCUGUCAUUGUUUAACACAUUAGGUAUAAUAACAUCUACAACUACAAACAGACAAAAACAAAAAAAAGACAUCCACAAAACCAGGAGAGAAAAAAACUAAUUACAGGGCAAGUCCAUCUUAUAUCCUAAGAGUAUACAGCCAGAGCAAGCAUCUUACAGAAACAGCCUUUCAAUAAAUGAGGUCAGUUUUACAGCAUUCUUUGUGUUAAUAAGUUUUAACAAAAUGUUGUAGGAUUUCAGAUCCUUCUUCCAAUGCAGAAUGUUGGAUUUUGCUUUAAGGAGGUGGCAUUUGUGUAUACAUUGUUUGGCCAACAAAAUAAUAAAAAAUCAAAUUUA